GCUUGGCCCGACCGGAGGCGGCUGCGGGGCCGGGGCCGGUGCCUGGGGCCGAGCAGGGCCGGACGCGCGGCCUCUGGGUUGGGAUGAGCUGCGGCUUCGCAGACUCAGGGCAGCGCCGGUCGAGCCAUGGCCAGCACAAUGGUAGCAGUUGGACUGACGAUUGCUGCUGCAGGAUUUGCAGGCCGAUAUGUUUUGCAAACAAUGAAGCAUAUGGAGCCCCAAGUGAAGCAAGUUAUUCGAAGUCUGCCCAAAUGUGCCUUCAGUGGUGGCUAUUAUAGAGGCGGAUUUGAACCCAAAAUGACAAAGCGAGAAGCGGCACUCAUAUUGGGAGUAAGCCCUACAGCCAAUAAAGGGAAAAUUAGAGAUGCUCACCGACGAAUCAUGCUUUUAAACCACCCAGACAAGGGAGGAUCUCCUUAUGUAGCAGCCAAAAUCAAUGAAGCUAAAGAUUUAUUAGAAAGUCAAGCUAAGAAGUAAAAUUAAUACUCAGAUAAUGUUAAAUUUAUAUAUACAUUGAUUACUUUAUGUAUAGGAGUCCUGAUGUUUUAUAAUAACUUCAUAAAAGCUGUAAUAU